ACUCACUGAAGCAGAAUCCUCUGAAGAGUUGCUGAGGCAGAACUGAAAUCAUGGCUCGCCUCAAAGAAGCAGCUGUAUUGGCCGCUAAUGAUGCCUCACACAGGAAGACGAUGCUCCUUUAACUCGGGGUUUCAAUGGGAAGUUUCUAAGCCUGAAACAACAGCUUUAGAUCUGGGGUGUGCCAUCAGCUGCUCACAGGCACCACCGUCCACGGCUUUCACACAGCUUGGCUGGGAGGAAUGGACACGGAAGAGGCUGGUAACUACCUGUAACUGCUCCAGCAGGAGAUGAAUCAAGUGUUUGUUCAACCAGAUCCAGCACACACCAAUGGAUCUAGCAAAGGGAAGACAGAGGACCUGCGUGAUGGGAAAAGCCAAUCGGGAUUAAAAUACGCCAUAACUCAAGCUCUCCAGGGUGCAGCCAACAUGAUCUCUGCAGGCCGAUAAUGGAAGAGAAUGAAACCUGGAGAUCCUGUGCUCUGACUUCCCUGGACGAUGGAUGGGGGGCAGCCCAUCCCUUCACCCCUAGUGCCUCUCGGAAACCUGUCAUCUGAUUCUAGCAUGUCUCUGGAGCAGAAAACGACAUUCGUUUUUGUGAUUUUGUUGUUUAUUUUCUUGGGUAUCCUCAUCGUCAGGUGCUUCCGUAUUCUUCUGGACCCAUAUCGGAGCAUGCCCACCUCCACCUGGGCUGAUGGACUUGAAGGCCUGGAGAAAGGGCAGUUCGACCAUGCCCUGGCCUAGCAAGGAUGGAGCAGAAUCUCCUCCUGGGAAGUGAAGUGCUUCCUGUCUUGGUGGGGAUUCCCUUUACUCCAUGUUCUCAAUAAAUCAAAUUUUAACACUACCUGGUCUUUGGACCACAGAAAUCCAUUAUUCCCUAGACAUGCAGUUGGCUUAGAGACAUGUGAGGAUUUGGACAUGGACAUUUACAUUACUCAGCAAAAACAGGAAUAUUUCAAUUUCUUUGUUUGCUCCAUGAAUGAAUAUUGUUGAACAGGUAUGACUGUGAAACAAAGAACAUUAAUAGAAUUUGCAUAAAAUGAAGAGCCACCCAAUGUAGCCAGAGAAUAAUGGUUUGAGAGGAUCUAAUCUAAUCUGGUGACAUGAUUGAGAAACUUCCUUGUUCUAAUCACGUCUCUCAGUUGUUCUAGUUUUUAGGGGCCUGAGUCCUGGAGGAGGAUUAUGCUGAGUGGACCCAGCCCAGUUAUUUGUUGACUCCUAAAGUAGAGACAUUGGGAAACAAUGGGAGGGCUAGGAAGAGAUGGUUUUGUCUCUGAAAAAUAUGAGUGAAAAUGAUAACAUUUUGUUUUUCAAAUAAAUCUGAAUCAAA